GGCAUCUUCGCUUAGUCGGGGAGUCGUGGGGUGCGUAUAUAAGACGCGGACGAGGCCGGGGCGCGCCACCAGUCAGCUUUGCACGCUAAACAACGAUCAUUGUCAUCGGUACCGAUUGUUACAAGUUGUGUGCAGUGUCGUGCUAUUUGUGUGUACGUUCCUUCUAAGAUGUCGUCAACAAAGUGGUUGGUGUGUGCGCUCGUGGUGGUGUGCGUGAGUGUAAGGCAAGCGUCGUCUGCGCCGGCGCCGCAGGAACAAGAAUACCCGCCUAUGCCCUACGAGUACAAAUACGACGUUGAAGAUCAAGAGAAAGCUCUCUACUUCGGGGCCAACGAAGCAGGAGAUGCACAGGGCAAAGUCAUCGGAGGAUACCGAGUUCUACUCCCCGACGGUCGUCUCAUGACCGUCGAGUACAGUGUGGAGGGAGAAAGCGGUUUCGUUCCCAAAAUCACCUUCGAAGACAACGCCAACCCCUUCGGCAAAGGAAAGUAAACCGUAUUACGACGCCCACAAAGACUGGUACCGCGAUCAAUUGAUACUAGUUCAAAUAUAACCUUUGAUUUCUGAAUUCUAUGCCGUAAAACAUUUGCUUUUUCUUUAUUAAUUACUUAUUUCGAUUAAUAGACAUCUUUACCUUACACUACAUACCUACAUAGGAUUCAGAAGUCGAAACCGAAAAAAGUUACUUCAGUUUUCAUUAGAUUGUAUAAUAAAUGUGUGUAAAUUAUUUUAUCAGGGAUCCUUAAGAUGAUAAACGUAAUUUAUGAAACGAAUUAGGUAUCGGCGCACUGGCUUGAAGAGAACAUUCGUUUACCGAAAGCACUAGUAACUUUUUUCACGAUUAAGUAUAAUUAAUCUCCCAUACAUACUGUAUACGUAAAAUAAUUUUGAUUUUCUCAUUAUUAAGUGUAUGAUUAAUCUAGGUGUAGGCAAAACUCAUUCGCCAAUAUUUUAAGGUAAUAAAUAUGUGUACAGUCACCGAUUUCUAAUAUAAAUCGUACCGCAAAUAUCGAGUUACCGAUACUGUGAUUAAUUAGAACGAUUCUAAUAUAGGCCAUGUUCGACAUAAAAUUGUAACUUAGAUUGUAAUUUUGUAUGUGUAUCGAUUAGAAGUAGAUUUUGAUAUUUUUUUUAUAAAUAUUUUUGUAUUGAAACCUUU